CUGCUCGACACCCCGAACAACAACAAUGUCGCGAGCAGUAAGGCAAGACUACAUCGCGCGCAUCCGCUACCAGAACAAUCUCCCGCCGCCGCCAUGUCCGCCCAAACUGCUCGACGUCACGAUCCCGCUGUCGGACUUCACUUCCUCGGGUUUCCUGUCUGCGCUCGUGCAGCAGCAGCCGCUGAACGUCGAUAUCGAUGCCGAGCUGGGGAUGCCGCUUGAUAUGACUGUUAUCAGCGGCGUGUUUGAUAAGGGGGAUGAGUCCAAUAUGUAUCCCGAUCGCAGCCCGGCGCCGAUGAACGAAACCGACCGGCUACUACUCCGCGACCCCGGCUCCAUCAGCGGCGUCUCCAAAUCCCAACCAGGCGUCUCGUUCCUCCGUCGGACCGAGUACAUCUCCACCGACGCGAUCAAGCAAGCCCGGCAAGCCAACCGCGCCGCAAACACCUCGAAAGCCGUCGACAUCAGCGAUCCGCGCAAGCAACUGCAGACGAUCGAGGACACGUUCAAGUUAGCGGACGAAGAGCUCUCGACGUUCCAGCACCCGACGAAGAAGGGGCUCGUGGUCGAGGAGUCGUGGGCUCUUGUGCCGGACGUCGAGGUGCUUGAUCUGACGUAUCUGUUGAUGAAGAUGGCGGGAGCCGCGCCGGGGGUCAAGGGCAAGGAUGAGACGGGAGAUUCGCGGUACGAUGUCGCGGUCGCGAGACCGACUGGCACGGAGGAUAAUACUUUUAUGUCUGUCUUUUUAGCAGAGCAAGAAGCCGCCGAGAAAUUCAAGCACAAGAUCUCAAUCUCGGAGGAAGAGGCAGCAGCAGAAGAAGCAGCCGACGACGACGAAAACACAGUCUACAGAUUCACCCACACACGAGACUACGACAUCACCAGCAAACCAACCGACACAAUCACACUCGGUCUCGACAGCGAGCAACAAAAGGCGUAUUUCCACCCGGUCGCGAUGGAUCUGACGCUCAAACGACGACGACAGUUUGCGGACGCGAGUAAGCGCAAGAAAGUACCGGACGUGGUCAAUGAGGUUGCGGCGGUCGAGAUCCAGUUUAGAGAGUUGACGGCGGAGGAGAAAGCGGAGAGGGAUAGUCUUCGGCGGCAGGAGUUUGGAUAUAUACCGCCGGAGUAGAUUUGCUGUGUACUUUUAGAAUGAAU